GCUCUCGUGCAUCAGCUGCGCACAUCCGAUCCAGCGCGCCGAGCCGUCGUCGUUCUAGUUGCUUCGCUCUGCCUCGCCUGCACUUGGCGCGCCUCUUCUUGCCAUGGCAGGGCCGGGCGGGAAGCCGUCGUCCGCCUCCGCCAACGGCACGAAAGCCCCGCCGCCUCCGGCCGCUCCCGGCGGCUCCGGUAUAGCCAAAAGGCUUCCCCGCCUUGCAUUCGUGUUCCUGCUUGCACUUCUGUACCGUCAGCUUCAGGCUCCGCCUCCAAAAACCUGCGGAUCCCCAGGCGGCCCUCCGGUCACCGCGCCGAGGAUCAGGCUCAGUGACGGCAGGCACUUGGCUUACCAUGAGUCUGGUGUCCCCAGGGAACAGGCCAAGCAUAAGAUCGUCUUCGUCCAUGGAUUCGACUCAUGCAGAUACGACGCCCUCCGAGUAUCACCCGAGCUGGCGCAGGAGCUCGGGAUCUACAUUGUGUCCUUCGAUCGACCUGGAUAUGGCGAGAGUGACCCUCAUCCUGCGAGGACGGAGAAGAGCAUCGCCUUGGACAUCGCAGAGCUAGCUGACAGCCUGCAUCUCGGGUCCAGGUUCUACCUCGUCGGGUUCUCCAUGGGCGGCGAGAUCAUGUGGAGCUGCCUCAAGCACAUCCCACACAGGCUUGCUGGGGUGUCUAUCCUCGGCCCCGUUGGCAACUACUGGUGGUCAGGCUUCCCGUCGAACGUGUCGUGGGACGCGUGGUACCAGCAGAUCCCUCAGGACCAAUGGGCCGUCCGCGUUGCGCACCACGCACCCUGGCUGACCUACUGGUGGAACACCCAGAAGUUCUUCCCGGCCUCCAGCGUCAUCUCCUUCAACCCCGCCAUCCUCUCGAGAGAAGACACGGCCAUGAUCCCCAUGUUCGCAUCCCGACCUUGCGCGAGCAAGGCGAGGCAGCAGGGGGAGCACGAGAGCCUGCAUAGGGACAUGAUCGUCGGGUUCGGAAAGUGGGGUUGGAGCCCGCUGGAGAUGGAGAACCCGUUCCCCGGCGAUGAGGCGGAUGUGCACCUAUGGCAUGGCGCGGAGGACCUCAUCGUGCCCGUUGGCCUCUCACGGUACAUCGCGCAGAGGCUGCCAUGGGUGCAGUACCAUGAGCUGCCCACGGCCGGGCACCUCUUCCCCAUGGCCGAUGGCAUGGGGGAUGUCAUCCUCAGGACGAUGUUGCUCGGGGAAAAAUGAAGCGAGUGUUAGCUAGAGUGAUGUUGUCUGGUGCUUUCCUGUCUUCUGUGUGCUACUGUUUUUUGUGCUCCUGUGUUUUAAUUUCUUUCAACAACGUGGCUCUUUUUCAUUACACAAAGAGGCUGCUUCUGUGUAGAAAUCUCAUGGUAAUAACUCUAUGUCUAAUUCAUGUCUCUUCUUUAAAUCCUUACUUUUUCUUGCUCUUAUAUAACCUUGUAAAAGAAGGGAAUCAUAAUGUGAAGUGAAGUCUAUUGUGAA